AUGAUCUAUACACCCGGUAUCUCCAUCAUGGCCGAGUUCUUUAGUGUGGGUAUCGUCACGGGCACGCUCGGUUUGACGCCCCGGAUUGGGUUAUGGACUGGGUUCCAUGAUUUGUGAGCUGCUCACCAUGCCACAAUUGCAUGUACGCAGACGGAUACCCUCCCCCAUUCACCUCUCUCCUUUCAGUGCAGGCCCCUCCACCAACUUCGAUAUUCCAGAGACCGUGCGAACAUUCGCAUACAUCUUAGCACUAGCCCUAUUGGUCAUCUUGCAAGUACCCACCGCAUUGGUUAACAAUGUUACAGGCUUCAUGAUUCUAUGGUUCUUGGAGCGUCUCAUGUGCUCCCCACCUUUGGCUACUGGAGGCGCUUCGAUCUGGGAAGUCUUCAGUGAGGAGAACCCGUCCGCUUUGAUUGGGUGUUUGAAGAUGGAGCUUGCAGAAGAACUGACGCUCCUCGACGCCCACUCACAACCAGAGGCUACGCUUCGCAAUCUCUCGAAGGGAUCCAAGGCUGGCGCUGAACUAUCUGACACUUCUCCUUCCAGCUUCACGUUCAUAAUCCUCAACUUCCUGAUUCCCGAAACGCUCGCUAGCAAUAUGCUCUCCCGUCGCACUCGCGGGCCGAGAAAGGGGACAGGCAGGCCUCAUCUAAGGACUAAGGGAGAGUUGAUUGCGGAGGGUUUGACAGACAGGAGCGCUGCGCUCAUGGGUUUCCUCGGGCCUUUCUGCAUAG